AUGGAUUAUGGUAUGAGUUGCGGUUGGAGUAAUAAGAAGAAUUUUUUAUUGCCUAAGACACAGAGGCUUGUCUCCUUUCAUCCCUUAAUAGAUAAAAAAGGAGACAAUAAUAAGGGAGGAGCAGGAGGAGGAGGAGCAGGAGGAGGAGGAGCAGGAGGAGGAGCAGGAGGAGGAGCAGGAGGAGGAGGGGAUAAUAGAGGAGAGAAAAGGAAUAAAAAAGAAAUUAAUAAUAAUAAAAAUAAAAAAAGCAAAAAAGGAGACAAACAUAAUAAUCAACAUAAUUGUCAACCUAUACCUGCAGAAGAAUUAGGUAUACAAGAAGAUGGAUCUAUUGUGUUACCUGGUCGUGAUUGGAUGUGCAUAGAUGCAGAUUAUUAUUUUAAUGUUAUUUGUUUAAUGAAUGAUUGCCGAUCUAUUCUUGAUCAUAAAAGAAUAAAAGAUACUUUUGUAUUCCAUCAGGAGUAUGAGGAGAUGCCCGUAUUAAAGUUAUGUCCUUUUGAUUGGGAAGAUCGUCAUGAUUUAAUGGACUCCUUUAUGCGCACUAAAAGAGCUAAAGAGGCUCAGAGAGAAGAGACAGUGUGGGAGUCUGAUGAUGAAGUAGAUUAUUAA